AGCGAGGGCAGGCCAGGAGGGCGAGGACAGGCCUGGAGGCUAAGGCGAGGCCGGGAGGACGCGGCCAGGCGGGUGGUGGCGGCCAUGUCGUGCCACAGGGGCUCCCGCAGCCCCUACUACUUGUUUGCCCGGGACCAGCUGCCCAAGCUGCAGCAGCACGGGCUGCCCGUGGCACGCGUGGUCGACGCCAUCCCACACUGCGCCCAGGACUGGGCGUUGCUGACAGAAGAGGAAAAGAUGGCAUAUAAUGAGAGGGCUCAGAAGUGGAAGAAAAAGAAAUCACAGAAGACAAUAAAGGAGAUGCCUAAUCUGGAUCAUCCAGUACCUGGCUGUCUGACCACUGUGAUGCACAGAGUCACUUCUUUUCCUGAUGCCUCUGCUAUGUCGUGGAAGAGUGAUCAGGCUGUGGUUGCAGACAUCUUCUAUUUCCUGAACAUUUACAGCCAUGGCAAGCUGCCAUCCCACUGUGACCAGCGCUUCCUUCCUUGUGAGAUUGGGUGUGUCAGGUACUCCCUACAGGACGGCAUAACGGCUGACUUCCAUCACUUCAUAGAUCCAGAAGUACCACCACGUGGUUUUCGGUACCACUGCCAGACUGCCAGCGAUGCCACUCAUAAGAUCCCUAUAUCUGGAUUUCAUCUUUCACGUACCUGUUACCCAGUUGUAUUACGUGAACUUCUUGAGUUUGCCCAGCCGGACGGAGGUGGUUGGCCUCGCUUUUUCUGCAGGUCUGAUGACAGAUUCCGAAUAACCUGGUGUCUUGAACGAAUGGCUAGUGUAGCAGGCAUUGAGAGCCAUCUGGAGCUUCUUACUGUAGAAGACCUGGUAAUAAAACUGUACCAGAAGAAAUAUCAAAAGGAGCCAUCCAAGACUUGGGUGUGUAGAGAGCUAGAUGCUGUCUUGUGGGAUUUUUCCAGUAAUACCAGGUGCAGGUGGCAUGAAGAGAACGGUAUACUUUGCUGUGCUUUGGCAUCUUGUAAGAAAAUUGCUUAUUGCAUCAGUAAAUCUUUAGCUGGUGUGUAUGGAGUCUCACUGACAGCCGCUCAUCUACCUCUUCAAGACUGCGAUUCCAGUGGAAAUAGAAAUAUCAAUUGGGUAAUACUGGAUGCUGGACGUUUUCAGAAAAUGAAGGCUGAGAGUUCUGGAUAUGACAGACAUGCCAUUUCUCCAAGUCAGGAUCAAGAACACAUCCCUUCUAGUUGUGAUUCUCUGUGUGACAUGAAGACUUCUUUUUAUGGAAAAAGUACCACGCGAGGAAGAGGAGUUACUCGAUUACUGGAAAGUACAUCUGAUCUAUACAAGUCCUUCAACAAUUGAAAAUCAUCUUUACAUCCAGGACAGCUGCACGUUGUUUUUCUCAUUUCCCUAAGACAACCAGCAGUUUCUCCAGACUGCAGUUAGUCAUCUUAUGUGCAACCCUUGACGGUUCGUGUUCUUGUUAGAAUGAUAAAAUUGUUAUUGAACGUUUUUAAAGAUCUUGUUUAUUACAUACAGCAAGACAUUCUGAAAGAACCUGGCAGUUUCAUCCUCUAAAAAUAAAUGCCAUGCUAGUUCUGUUUCUUAAUGGAUGGAGUACAAAUUCAAGAUUAAAUGCACAAUUGUCAUUUGGUUAGAAGAACUCUGUAGUAGCAAGUGUGACUUGUAACAAGUGCUUUAUUUCUUCUUUAACCUCCUUCCCUUCUUCUGUAUGUGGAAAAUACUGUCUCAGCGUAUAACAUUCCAUCUCCAAAAUGUGGUGGAGGGGAGCAAUGGAGGUAUGACAGGAUGCUAUAAGGGAAUUAAGUGUAAUGGUCUCAGAGGAUUGUUCAUAAUCUGUCUCUUCCACCCAUUAAGAA